UAGUAAGCACUCUUGAAAUGUUUGAGUUAUUGAAGACACAAUGGAUCUAUUAUGACAUCACCAGGACUGGAAUACCAUGGUUAACAACCAAUUAGUGACAGGGUAGACCACAAACUCUGGGAGCAGGAAAGACCUCUUCCAGCUUCCUCGUGGAUAUUAUCAUUUGCCUAUACUCAGUGAAGAGAAGAAAUAAAAGAAAAUCACUCAACUUUUCAAUAUAGUUAUCAAAAUGCAAAGUGGGAUAGACACUGAAUCUGAAUCAGAAAAAGAAAUAGUGGAUUCCACCAUCACGUCCAUAAAAGCCCUAUAUAAAUCAGAGGUCCCUAAGCUGGAGAUCCCACUGGCAGUACAGAAUGUCAUCUCUAGAAUUGAGCACGCACAGCUUUGUCGAGCCAGAGAGGACAUUAAUAUGCAGCUGGCUGACAUACUGCUCAAUGUGCAGCGAAUAAUCAAUCGCUACACUGUUGAUGAGAAUGUGCACUCCGGAAGGAAAAUCUCCCUUCCAGAACAUAAGAAAUGGAGAAUAAAUUUCCUGGAUAAAAUAGUUACUUAUGCUAAGAACAGUGAAAUUAGAGAAAAGACUCUUUUGCACAUCCUGGUCUGGUUGGAAGAAUGGAAUGCCAUUUUGUCUGAGAUGACUGCAAUUGAUAUUGAGGAACACCAUCACUGGAUAGCAAAAAUGGAGUUUUUACCAGAAAUGUACAAAGCUAUUGAGAGCAAUGUCAAGAUACUGAGUAGAAUUAGUGUAUCUUUAUUUGAAGAAAAGAAGAGACAAAAGAAAAAAAUAACAUCUAGAGGUACUCUAUGGAAAUCUUGGAAAGAAAGGGUUAUAAAGCGACCUGCAACAGCUCAUGCUUUAAGACCAGAUCAGAUGAUUAGUGAUGAAUUUGCAACAAACACAAAAGUUUCAGAAAUCCAAGAUAUGCUACAGGAACUCAUAAACACUGCAAUGUUCAAUAAAUUGGAAAACAAUGCUAUUAAAUAUAUAUCAUCAACAAUAGUAAACCUUUCUAAAGCUUUGAAUACACUAAAUGAUGAAGUAAAAGUUUUUAUCCUCCAAAGUGCUAAUAUGUAUACAAAUGAGACAAGUGAAAAAGAAAAAGAGCUCUCUCUGAAAAUAAUACGAGAUCUCAGUGAACAAAAUGAAAUACUUCAGCAGAAACUUCAAGAUGCAGAAGAAAAAUAUGAACAAUUUAUUCAGUCCAAAGGUAUUGUAGAGCAACAACUACCUACAGCAUUACCCACAUCAACCUUGAAAGCGUUGCCUGAGCUUUCUCCACAAUCAUCCAUUGCCAUUAGCAAAACUGACAUAGAAGACAGUAUGGAAAAUAUUUUGGCUAAAGAAUUUGAAAACAUUAUAGACAAGGCCCAAACCCAAGAGACCAAAGCCUUGGGGAUCCAGUGGGACUCAGCAUUUUCAUAUACAGCCCCAGCUGAAAUGACCCCAGAUUUAAUUGAACAGCAAUACCCUUUACCUGAAAAAAACCAAAAAGAGUCUUCUGAAGGUAUCACUGAAGCUAAGGUGUCACUGAAGAAAGAUGAUGACCAGUAUCAAUCACAAAAGAAAAAGCAAAUUAAAGGCUCAUCUAUGGAUGAGACCUCUGGAUCACAUCUGAGUGAUGAUAAAGGUAAACAGAAAGAGACCAAACUUGAUCAUGACUUGGAGCUACAGGCACUGGAAAAGAAUAGAAAAGAAAUGAAAUCCUUUUCUGAAGCCAAACCAAAGUCAUUCGCAGAAUCAAAAAGUCGCUAUGUCCCUACUGAUUACCCUUCUACUGACACAAAAAGACAAAGUGGCAAAAGUGGAACAGGUAGUAUGUGGGAAAGACUCAGGAAGGUCAAACCUGAAUAUUCACAUGACAAAAGCCAGAUUUCUUCAGAGAAUAAAGAAGAGCCCACCACUGAGUCAAUGGACAAAGAGAGCAAAAGUGAGAUGAGUAGCCAAGCAGAGCAAUUCAGAUUGACUGAACUUGGUUAUUCCUCUGAGAAAAUGAAAACAAAAGGGAAGAAACAUCAGAUCUCUCCAAGAACCACCACAAGCAAAGAGGGAAAAACUGAGGAUAUCAUAGUCUUAGCCAAGAAAUUCAAGUCUCCUGAACUUGUUAAAUCACAAUCUAGGAUAGCAAAAGAGACUUCAGAAUCUACAAGAGUUCUAGAAAGCCCAGAUGGCAAAAGUGAAGAGAGUAACCUAGAAGAAUUUCAAAAAGCUAUAAUGGCUUUCCUAAAUGAGAAAAUUGAUAACAUAGGAAAGCCUUUGGAUAAAAAGGCUGUGCCAAAAGAGGGGUUAUUAUUAAAAACAGCAGAGGUCGAAAAAUUAGAAAUCAUAAAGGCAAAAAUUGAAGAAUACUUCCAAACUGUGGCUGAAACUGUGGCAAAAAUCUUGAGAGAAUACAAAGAUAUACAAAAUGCAGGACAAGUUGGAGAGAAACCUAUGAAACGAAAAAAGGAAGUCUCAUUUAUGCCAGGAUUGCAUUUUCAGAAGCCAAUUAGUGCAAAGGCUGAAAUUAGCACCUUACUCUCAUCUAAGAGCAUGGACCCAUUAAUUGACAAUUUAAUACAAAUGAUCUUGACUGAAAUAGAAGGUGAAAGAGAUGCUCUAGUAGCCUCAACAGUAGGGAGAGACCACAAGGAAAAGGAAAAACAGAGGUGGGAUGAAUAUUUGCAAGAAGGUCAAGAAAAAGUAUUUGGUGAGGGUCUCAAACACCAUUUGCAAGAGGAAGGGAGUUUCUGGAAGAAGAGCCAUGAGCUGAUAAGUAAAAAAUUGGAGAAGGAAGAGUCAUGGCUCCAAAUGAAGGAGAGAAAGCAAAGGCAACAGAAGCAGAAAUGGUGGCAGGAAGAGGAAGCAUGGAAGGAACAACAAAAACAGACUGAGCAAGAUGACGAGCAAAUGCAAAGAAAAGAGAAAGAAUAUCAGAAGCCAAAACAGCAGCAGCUGGAGGCAUGGAAUCAAGAAAUGGAAGAACAAUUGGUACCCCUGGAGGAGGAGGAGGAGGAGCAGAUGAGGCCAGUUCAGAAGGAACUGAGACACCCGAAGCUAGAAAUAAAUAGGGAGAAAGAAGAGAAGCAGAAGCCAAGGAGAAACAUAGAAGACCAUGGAAGGCAGAAGCAGAAAAAGACAAAGGAUCAGAGGAAGAUCAAUGAGAAAAAUUCUGACACACUAGAAAAGAUGCUCAUCCAAACUUCAGUGACAGUGUCUCCCAAAUGGAAGAGCAUACCGAAAGUAGCAUCCCAGUUACACCAAAGAAAAGUGUUCCAUGGACAUCUGAAGACAUUAGAAAAUUUUGCUGACGGAAAGCACCCUAUACCAAUCACUCCUUCUCCAUCGACACAAUCGCCAUCACCUGGGGCCUUUCCAAUUUCUGGACAGUCUCCCACAAAGACCCUCACUCUAACUCCUCAACAGGCCCAGGAACUGGAGAUCACUAUCACCCCUCAAAAGGCCAAAGAACUAGGCAUCACUGUGGCCCCAGAACAGGCCCAGGCACUGGGGAUCAGUCUUACCCCUGAGCAGGCCCAGGAAAUGAGCAUCACUGACACUCUUCAAAAGGCAUUGGGGAUCACUGUCACUCCUCAACAGGCUCAGGCACUUGGGAUCCCUCUCACUCCUGAGCAGGCCCAGGCACAGGGGAUCACUCUCACCCCUCAGCAGGCACAGGCCUUGGGAAUCACUCUCACCCCUGAGCAGGCCCAGGCACUCAGGACCACUGUCACUCCUCAGCAAGCCAAGGCACAAGGGAUCACUCUCACCCCUCAGCAGGAACAGGCACUGGGGAUCACUUUCAUACCUGAGCAGACCCAUGAACUGGGGUUCACCUUCACUGAUAAGCAGGCACAGGCACAUGGGAUCACUCUCACCCCCAAGCAGGCCCAGGAAUUGGGGAUCACCCUCACUUAUGAGCAGGCCCAGGCACUGGGGACCACUGUUAUUCCUCAGCAAUCUCAGUCACAGGGGAUCACGCUCACCCUCGAGCAGGCCCAUGAACUGGGGUUCACCUUCACCGAGGAGCAGACCCUGGCACAGGGUAUCACACUCACCCCUGAGGGGGUCAAGGCACCGGACAUUACUGUCACCCCUGACCAAGUACAGGAAAUGGGGAUCACUGUCACCCCUCAGCAGGCACAGGCACUGGAGAUCAUGGUCACUCCUGAGCAGUCACAGGCACAGGGCAUCACUCUCACUUCUGAGCAGGCCCAGACACAGGGGAUCACUCUUACCCCUGAGCAGGCACAGGCAGGGGGGAUCACUCUAACAUCUCAGCAGGCCCAAGCACUGGGAAUCACUCUGAGCCCUGAACAGGCCCAGACCCAGGGGAUCACUCUCACCCUUGAGCAGGCCCAGGCACUGGGGAUCACUCUGACCCCUCAGCAGGCACAGGCAGGGGGGAUCACUCUCAUCCCUCAGCAGGCCCAGGCAAUCACUCUGACCCCUCAGCAGCCCCAGGCACUGGGGAUCACUCUCACCCAUGAGCAGGCACAGGCACAAGGGAUCACUCUCACCCCUGAAAAGGCCCAGGCACAGGGGAUCACUCUCACCCCUGAGCAGGCCCAGGCACAGGGGGUCACUCUCACCCCUGAGCAGGCACAGGUACUGGGGAUCACUCUGACCCCUCAGCAGGCACAGGCAAUCACUCUGACCCCUCAGCAGGCCCAGGCACAGGGGAUCACUCUGACCCCUGAGCAGGCCCAGGCACAGGGGAUCACUCUGACCCCUGAGCAGGCCCAGGCAGGGGGGAUCACUCUCACUCCUCAGCAGGCCCAGGCACAGGCGAUCACUCUGACCCCUGAGCAGGCCCAGGCAAAAGGGAUCACUCUCACCCCCAAAAAGGCCCAGGCACAAGGGGUCACUCUGACCCCUGAGCAGGCACAGGCACAAGGGAUCAGUCUCACCCCUGAAAAGGCCCAGGCACAGGGGAUCACUCUCACUCCUGAAAAGGCCCAGGCACAGGGGAUCACUCUCACCCCUGAGCAGGCCCAGGCACAGGGGGUCACUCUGAUCUCUCAGUGGGCCCAGGCACGGGGGAACACUCUCACCCCUGAAAAGGCCCAGGCACGGGGGAUCACUCUGACCCCUCAGCAGGCACAGGCACUGGGGAUCACUCUGACCCCUCAGCAGGCACAGGCACAAGAGAUCACUCUGACCCCUGAACAGGCACAGGCACUGGGGAUCUCUCUCACCCCUGAGCAGACCCAGGCACAGGGGAUCUCUCUCACCCCUGAGCAGACCCAGGCACUGCGGAUCACUCUGACCCCUCAGCAGGCACAGGCAGGGGGGAUCACUCUCACCCCUCAGCAGGCCCAGGCAAUCAAUCUGACCCCUCAGCAGGCCCAGGCACAGGGGAUCACUCUCACCCCUGAAAAGGCCCAGGCACAGGGGAUCUCUCUCACCCCUCAGCAGGCCCAGGCACAGGGGAUCACUCUCACCCCUGAGCAGGCCCAGGCACAGGGGGUCACUAUGACCCUGGAGCACACCCAGGCACGGGGGAUCCCUCUCGUCCCUGAGCAGGCCCAAGCCCAGGCAAUCACUCUGACCCCUCAGCAGGCCCAAACACAGAGGAUCACUCUGACCCCUGAGCAGGCCCAGGCACAGGGGAUCUCUCUCACCUCUGAGCAGGCCCAGGCACUGGGGAUCACUCUGACCCCUCAGCAGGCACAGGCACGGGGGGUCACUCUGACCCCUCAGCAGGCACAGGCAAUCACUCUGACCCCUCAGCAGGCCCAGGCACAGGGGAUCACUCUGACCGCUGAGCAGGCCCAGGUACUGGGGCUCACUCUGACCCCUCAGCAGGCACAGGCACAGGCACAGGGCAUCACUCUCACCCCUGAGCAGGCACAGGCACUGGGGAUCUCUCUCACCCCUGAGCAGGCCCAGGCACAAGGGAUCACUCUGACCCCUCAGCAGGCCCAGGCACGGGGGAUCACCGUGACCCUUGAGCAGGCAGAGGCACUGGGGAUCACUCUCACCCCUGAGCAGGCACAGGCACUGGGGAUCACUCUCACUCCUGAGCAGGCACAGGCACUGGGGAUCACUCUCACCCCUGAGCAGUUCAAGGCAUUGGUGGUCACCCUCAGCCCUGAGAAAUGCCAGGGCUUGGGUUUCAUACACACCCUUGAGAAAGUUCAUGCAUGGGAGUCUCCUCUCACUGCAUCACAGGCCCAGAAAUUGGGUGUCCCUAUCACUCCAGAAAAUGCCUGGGUCUCAGCUGUCACUCUUACCCCUGAACAGACCCAGGCUUUCGGUGCCCCUCUCUCCUUAGAACAGGCUCAAGCAUUAGGUAUUUCUCUCUCUCCAGAACACUUCUGGGAAUCAGAUAAAUCAGACAAAUCCCAUGUCUUAGGAUUUCCCCUUACCCUUGAGCAAGUCCAGCCUUUGGGAGCUCCCUUCAUUCCAGGACAAUCCCAUCCCAUGGGGGUAGAUGACCUAAAAUCAAGAGCACCUCUCAUUAAUGAACAGCUCUCACCACUUGGGGUCCAUCCUCUUUUAGAACAUACCCUGAAAGUUGGGAUUGUGCCUGUUACUGAUAAAUCUGUCACACCAAGUGCUCCUCACAUUUCUAAGAAGUUACCCACAUUGGAUCCUUCCAGUCUUAGAUCACUUCAAAAAUUGAAGGCUUCUGUCCUUCCUAGGCAAUCCCCAGCAUCUGCUGCUAUUGCUGAGAAAUCCUCUGCAUUGGAGGUCUCUCCUAUUCCUUUGCAGAUAUCACACUCUCCUCUCUCCCAAAUCCCUGGUAAAUCACUAGGAGUGAGAAUUCGUUCUGAGCCUGGGAAACUCCUUGCACCACAGACUUUUCCUUCCUCUAAACAGACCCUGUUUUCUAAAGGUCAAUCCACCUCUGUUGAGUUUGUAGCACCAGAGGUCCCACUGACUCCUGAGAAAUUUCCCAUAGCUGAGACCCUGCCAACUUUAGGGCAGCCUCUUACACUGGAGACCCUUCUCGGCCUUCAGCAGUUCUUUUCCUCUUGGGGCUCUAGGACUCCUCAGCUACCUCUGAUAUCAGAAGCCCCUCUGGUCUCCAGGCAGCCCCUUAUAUCUGGAGUCCCACUCACCUCUGCACAGAUUCCUGAUCUCUUGGCUCCUCUUUCUCCUAGGAAGCCCUUGGUUCCUGGAACCUCUUCCAUCCAUGGGGAGCUCCUGGAACCUAGACCCUUAACACUCUCUGAGCAGCCCCAGGCAUUCCAGCCCGCUGCUACCUGUGAGCAAUCUCACUAUCUACAAGCCUCUUCUCCCCUUGGGCAGCGUCAAGCUUCCCCACUGUGGAUCCCUCCCACCCCUGGGCAUCUUCCAACAUUAUGGACCUCUCCAACUCCUGGAAGGCCCCUGAAAGAUUUGUCCUCUUCUGUCUCCAAGAAAAGUAAGGAAAGAUUGGCAAUUAUUUCUUCUCUGAAACCUAAUUCAGCAUUUGUUCAUCCCAGUGCUACUGAUUUCAAGGUAACUCAAGCCCCUUUCACCACUAAGAAGUUCCAAAUAUCAGAGGCGUCUGACACUUUGGAAGAAAUCCCGAUAUGCCAUGAUCCUAUUGCCAUGGAACAAUUUAGAACAUUUCAGUCCUAUCUCACCAAUUACAAGACACCAGUAUCACAAACCCCUUACAUUCCGACUCUCAUGAAGCCUAUAACAUCACUACCCUCUCUUACGACUAAACUACCCAAAACAUCACAGAUCUCAUCUUCUGAAUGGGACCAGAAAUCCAAGUUCUCCCCUAUAGACAAGUCCUGGAUACUGACUUCAGUUUCAGGUACCAAGAAACCCAAGAUGCUAGUGCCCCCUUCCACUCCCCAAGAGCUCAAAGAGCAGAGAUAUUUUGUUGAUGUAGAGGCUCAGAGAAAGAACCUGAUACUCUUAAAUCAGGCCACAAAAGCUUCUGGACUUCCUUCACAACUACACACAACAGCUAGGAAUCUCAUAAUUGAGACACUUCAUACGGACACAGUUCGGCUGGGAUACUUAUUCCGCAAGUACAUUGCUUACAGGCUGAUCCAGCGUGCAAGAAACAACCUAAUCAGGCGAUUACAAGUGAUCAAAAACACCGGGAAAGGUUAUGAAACCCGGAACCUCUACAUAAUGCUGAGCAGAAUUGAUGAGUACCAGAAAAAGGUGAUGCAGGUCUGGACCAACAAGCAGAAGUCUUUAGAGCAGAAACGGAAUCAGUGCCUGAGGAAAAUGAUAUUCCUAUUUAGCCAGCUUCAACAGACGUAUAAAUUGAGUCUUAGUCAACCUAUCCCUUGCAUCAUCGACAAAAAGCAGAUACCUGCCUCUACCAAAUCUGUUCAACAAUCAUUCCUAGAGCUGCUAAUAGAAGAAGACAGAAAGUCUGACACAUUGAAGAAAUUUCGACAAGAAGACCAAAUGGAAGCCAUCUGGAAUGCUGAUCUGUCGACUUCAAGCUACCCAGUAACAGAGAAGACAUCAAUACAUUCACUCUGGGCCCAGCUGGGUGGGUACCCAGAUAUUCCUAUGCUACUCCAGUUAGAUGUUCAAUCUACCUUCAGAAAAUCUCUUGGAUCCAUUAAAUCACAGUUUAAGAAGAUUCCCAAGUGACUGUAAAAUUAAAUACAAGCAUGUUGAAAGUAAAUUUCAAAGUUACAGUAGAA